AUGGACUCUGGGGUCUCAGAGCCUGGGGAGCAGGACCCGACAGAAGCAGGGGCGGAGCAGGAACUGCGAUGGUUGGAUCUGGGCUCUGAGGAGGCUCUGGGAGCUAGGACACAGGGGCCCAGCACCCCACAGGCCUGGGGGCACUUGCUGCAGGCUGUGUGGAAGGGUCACACAGGCCUGGUGACUCAGCUGCUGCGGCAAGGGGCCAGUGUGGAGGAGAGGGACCGCGCUGGCCGGACUCCGCUCCACCUGGCGGUGUUGCGAGGCCACGUGUCGCUGGUGCGUCUCCUGCUGCAGCGCGGGGCCCAGGUCGGAGCCGCAGACCGCGCGGGGCGCACACCGCUGCACGAAGCCGCCUGGAACUCGCCGUCGCGGGUGGCAGAGCUGCUGCUGCGGCGCGGGGCGCCGGCGAAUGCAUGCUGCCUGGCCGGCCUCACGCCGCUGCACUGGGCCGCCGCUCUAGGCCGCACGCUGAUGGCUGGGCACCUGCUGGCGGCGCCGGACCCGGGCCCGACAGCGGCAGACGCGCGCGGCUGGACGGCGGCGCACUGGGCGGCCGCGGGAGGCCAGCUGGCGGUGCUCGAGCUGCUGGGGGCGAACGGUGGCGCGCGUCUAGACGGCGUCCUGCUCGUGGCGGCCGCGGCUGGGCGUGCAACUGCGCUUCGUCUCCUUCUGGCGCAAGGGGCUCCAGUAGACGCCCGGGACGGUGUGGGGGCCACUGUGCUGGGCGUCGCGGCCGGCCUGGGCCGCCGGCAGGACAUGGAGGUGCUGCUUGAGCACGGGGCAGACCCAAGCCUCAAGGACAGGCAUGGCCGCUCUGCACUCCACAGGGCUGCUGCUGGUGGACAUCUGCUUGCUGUCCAGCUGCUGGCCACCUGGGGAGCAAAGGUGGAUUCUCAGGACAAGUUGGGCCUCACCCCCCUGCACCAUGCUGCCCGGGGAGGCCACAUAGAGGUCACUGGCCACCUCCUGGACAGGGGUGCAGAGGUCAAUGCUGCUGGCUGGCUCCAGAAGACCCCCCUGCAUCUCGCCAUGGAGCAUGGCCAUGGCCCCACCGCAGAGCUUUUGCUGAGCCGAGGGGCCAGCCCCACCCUGCGGACACGGUGGGGGGAUGUGGCCCAGGACCUGUGGCCUGCCCUCUGUGGAGAGCAGGAGGAGUCCUAG